ACUAAUUUAACCUUCACUUUUUUGGAGAGCCCAUAUCAAGGUAUCCUGGUUUGCUUCCGACCAAAUUGGGCCCAAGCCCAGUAGAUGGGCAGACAGAGUACCAGCCGCAGGCCGGGGUAUUUAUGGCCCAACCCAGCCCGUAAAAAUAACAAAUGGAAAUUUCCUAGACACGAUUUCAUAUUUCUUUCGUUCUCUUCUUUCAAUCCCAGCUACGCUCUGGACUGUCUCUCAUGGCACCCAAAUGCAUCACUCGGAGUAUAACAAUGGCGGUUUCAGGAAAGCAGCUCUUCACUCCCAUUUCGAAGUCUGCUUGUGCUUUAGCUCUUAGGUAUUAUUCUUGUUCAGAAACAAUAAACCCUUGCGAAAAUGAAGAACAUGAUCGAAAUAUAGAUAAACCCAGAUCAUCCUCCAAGAAGGGAAAAGCUAGAGCAAUGUCAAGACUCAUAAACUCUAACCCAUGGUCAACUGAGCUCGAGUCUUCUCUCUCUACACUCUCUCCCUCUUUUUCCAAGACCACUGUUAUCCAAAUUCUCAACCUUGUUAAGAACCCAUCUAAAGCUCUUCAGUUCUUCAAGUGGGUUCAGCUAAUGGGUUUCUCUCAUACUGACCAUUCAUACUUUGUGAUGUUAGAAAUUUUGGGUAGUACUCGAAAUUUGAAUGCGGCGCGGAAUUUUUUGCUUUCGAUUGAGAAAAAGUCUAAUGGGUUGGUAAAGCUUGAGGAUCGUUUCUUCAAUAGCUUGAUUAGGAACUAUGGCCGAGCUGGGUUGUUUCAAGAGUCGAUAAAGCUGUUCACCACUAAGAAAUCACUUGGUAUUUCCCCUUCUACUAUUAGUUUCAACAACCUCUUUUCGAUUUUGCUUAAACGUGGUCGGACUAAUAUGGCCAAAAAUCUGUAUGAUGAAAUGCUUAGCACCUAUGGAGUUACACCUGAUACGUUUACUUUUAAUAUUUUGAUUAAGGGGUUCUGUAUGAACUCCAUGGUUGAUGAAGGUUUCCGUUUUUUCAAGGACAUGGCUCGAUUUCAAUGUGAACCGGAUGUUAUUACUUACAAUACAUUGGUUGAUGGAUUGUGUAGAGCUGGGAAAGUAGAUAUUGCACGAAAUGUGGUGAAGGGUAUGAGUAACAAGAGUUUGGCUUUAAAUCCAAAUGUUGUUACUUAUACAACCUUGAUUAGGGGGUAUUGUAUGAAACAAGAGAUUGAUGAGGCCUUGCUUGUUUUGGAGGAGAUGACUAGUGGAGGGUUAAAACCGAAUAGAAUUACAUACAAUACUCUAAUUAAGGGCCUCGGUGAAGCACAAAGGCUUGAUAAGAUAAAAGAGAUUUUGGAAAGAACAACGAGAGAUGGAGAGUUUGUUCCUGAUACAUGUACAUUCAACACAUUGAUGCACAAGCAUUGCCAAGUGGGAAAUUUGGAUGAAGCUAUGAAGGUUUUUGCAAAGAUGUCGGAGUUACAGGUUCUGCAAGAUUCAGCUACUUACAGUGUUUUGAUACGCAGUUUAUGUCAACAAGGGGACUAUGAUAGAGCAGAAGAAUUGUUUGAUGAGUUAUCAGAGAAGGAAAUCUUGUUGGAUGAUGCUGGUUGUAGGCCUCUUGCUGCUGCCUAUAACCUCAUGUUUGAGCAUUUAUGUAAAAAUGGUAAAACUAUAAAGGCUGAGGGAGUUUUUAGGCAGUUGAUGAGAAGAGGAACUCAAGACCCUACAUCAUAUAAGAUUUUGAUCAUGGGGCAUUGUAAGGAAGGUACUUUUGAAGCUGGAUAUGAAAUCUUAGUCUUGAUGUUAAGAAGAGAUUUUGUGCCUGACGCUGAGAUCUAUGAAUCUUUAAUUAAUGGUCUCUUACAGAAUGAUAAACCUCUUCUUGCAAAGCUUACUCUAGAAAAGAUGCUGAAGAGCUCCCAUUUCCCUAGAACAUCUGUUUUUCAUGCUAUACUUUCAGAGCUUAUUGAAAACGGAUUUGCUCGGGAUUCUGCUAGUUUUGUUACGUUAAUGUUGGAGAGGAAAAUUAGACAAAAUAUCACUCUUUCAACAGAUCUUAUAUCGCUGCUUUUUGGUAGUGGACAAGGAGAUAAAGCAUUUGAGCUUUUGAAGUUGCUUUAUGAAAAUGAUUACUCUGUUAAAAUGGAGGAGUUGGUUGGUUUCCUUUGCCAGAAAAGUAAGCUGUUAGAGGCUUGCAAAUUAUUGAAAUUUAGUUUGCAGAAGGAUCAUUGUGUUGAUAUUAAAUUAUUUAAUAUAGUUCUUAGUGGCCUGAGUAAGGUGAAAAGGGCUAAGGAAGCCUUUAGUUUAUACUAUGAAUUGGUGGAGAAAGGAGUUCAUCAGCAGCAGUUGACUUGCUUAGAGGAUUUGAAAUCUGCUUUGGAGGUAGCAGGACAAUCGGCUGAAGCCGUCUUUGUUUCGAAAAGGAUGACAAGGUAGAAGAGUCUCGGCAUAUCUCUGCUCCAAAAAAUUUCCCUGCAAAUUUAAGGCCUCAAAUGGAACCUCCAUACAUGUCAAGAGUUGAAGGCAAUGGAGCUCCUAAGCAAUAUCCAGAACGGACUAGGUGCAUUCCUACACCAACACCAUGGGAAAACAACUAAAGCUUCUGUGCAAAACUACAACUGUGAACACAAGCUACACACCUAGAAAAAUACCCUGCAUUAGCAACUGAAGACUCUCCAACAAUCACACAAAGGCUUGAGAUUGCCAACCCGACAGUCUUGAAGAUGGCCAUGGAAACCAGCCUUGCCUGCAUCAAGGCAUGGGGAAGGCCAGCUCAAGAUAUCACCCACAUUGUCUGUCUUCUCUAGCGAGAGACCCGAUUACGGUAGCCUCUACCUUGCCAGCCAGCCAGCUCGGGCUAAAGAAUGCUGUUAGCCAGCCGCAACAAGCUCUACUUUCUCGGUUGCGAUGGUGGUGUCAGCCAGCCAGCUGCAAUAUGCUUUGCUUUCUCUGCUGCUACAGUGUUUCACUGGUCUUCAAGUUGCCAAGGACUCAGCCAAAAACAACCCUGGAAGCCACCCAUUGGACGGCAGCCCGAUUGACUGAAUGACAUUAUCUUAGUUUUCCAUUGUAGGUAGUUCAUCUUUGUCAACUUUAUGGAUGGGAUACUCUGGCUGAGGAGAAGGAUACUAAACAAGUAACAAGGUACUCAGGAGUUUCGUUGACCCACCUCUGAAACAACUAAACGAAAACAGUUUGAUUCAUCUAUAAUCUUUGCUGUUGGAUUAUUUAAAAAGUAUGUAUAGAAAAAUAUGUUUCACACAAAUAUAUUUUUCUAUGAUAAUCAUAUGUUAUUCGUAUCAGGUGUUUUUAGUAUUUCUAUUAUUAUGUUGGUCUAUUUUGUAUAUUUUAAUAAAAUACCAAAAUACAAUUUUGGCGCCAAAAUACAAGUGUGAAUGUUAAUAUGAAGUGGUUAAGUAAAUUUU